AUGUCUACUACUGAUACUACUGCUAAUCCAAAGGGGAAGAAGAGCUACGAUCUCUACUUGAGUUUCUGCGGUGUUCACGACGAUGUUCCUUUUGUUUUGAAACUCCGUGAGGCUCUUUCUUCCUAUGUUCCAGAAGCUCUUAUUUUCUUUGACUUUGUCAAGCUUCGACAUAUUGGUCGGGUAACCGUAACCGCGCCUUCAGAGUUAUCUCUUAAUGUAAUUCAAGACUGCAAAAUGGUCAUAAUCAUACUUUCAAGAAAUUAUACUAAUUCACAAUCGUGUCUUCAAGAACUCGAGUUCAUAACCCAGUGUUGCCUAACUAUACCUGCUCUUAUUGUUCUGCCUGUCUUGUAUCCCAUCGAGCCAAGUUUGCAAAUAGGUAUAUUUGGACAGCCUUUUCACAACUUUCUCGAUAGAGUUUCGAUCAAAGAAAUCUCCCAAGGUGAAGACAAGAUCAUGACUUUGGUGGAAGCUAUGAGUAAAUCUACCCAAUAUCCAACCGAUUUCGCACCCAUGGACGGGGACGAGUAUGAUUGUGUCAAGAGUGUAGUUGAUCGUGUUAUUUCUGUGAUAUACAAAAAAAGACCAGAAUUGUCGAGGACUUUCUAUACACCUAGUGUAAAAUCUAGUGUGCAAGAUGUGAUUCAACUAUUGAAACAAUCAAAAUCUCCUCUCGUAAUAGGGAUUUGGGGGAUAGCAGGGAUUGGUAAAACAACCAUUGCCAAAACCAUUUAUGAUCUGAUUGGUCCCUAUUUUGAGGGCAAGUGCAUGCUCCUUAAUGUUGGUGGAGUUUGGGGACGAAAUAACGGUCCAGUUUCUUUACAGGAAGAGCUUCUUUUUCAUGUCAACAAAGCCACUGGAUUUGAAAAAGUGACUUUAAAAAGAAACCUUCGAAAUAAAAGGGUACUUGUUAUACUUGAAGAUGUUAAUAAAUUGGAACAGCUAAAUGCGUUGUGUGGAAGUCGUAACUGGUUUGGUGCAGGUAGCAAAAUAAUCAUCACGACAAGAGAUAGACGUUUACUCAAGGAGUAUGGAGUUGACCAUAUAUAUAGAGUGAAAGAACUGGAUGAAAGUGAAUCGCUUGAUGUUUUCAAGUGGGGUGCAUUCGGCAAAGAAACAAGUCCAGAAAAUUUUGAUGAACUUUCCAGACAGGUAGUUGCUUAUUCUGGGGGAUGGCCUCUUGCUCUUAUAGCCCUUGGGAGGCUUUUGCAUGGAAAGGAAGCCCUUCAGUGGGAAGGUGUGUUAUGGAGUCUCAAAAAUUUUUCUAUUCCGGCUCCACGACUACUGAAUAUUCUAGAAAAGAGUUUUAAUGAGUUGAGUGAUAACGAGAAACAAACAUUCCUGGAUAUAGCAAGUUUCUUUAUUGGGAAGAACCAAAAUGAUGUACUCCAAACGUUAAAUAGGUCAACGCAAAGGGCGGCUUUUCAAAUAAGCCUUCUUGAAGACAAGAGCCUUGUUGCCAUCGAUGAGAAUAACAAGCUUGAAAUGCAUAUUCUCCUACAAGCCAUGGCCAGAGAUAUCAUUAAAAGAGAAUCAAGCAGUAGGACUAAUCAGGCCAAGAUGUACGACGUGUUCUUGAGUUUCAGAGGGGAAGACAGUCGUGCAAAGUUCAUGUCACAUCUCUAUUCUUCUCUUCAAAAUGCAGAGUUGGAAAGGAUCAUGGAAAUUAGCAGAGCCAGGGGACUGGAUGUUGUGCCAGUGUUCUAUGAGGUAGAUCCCGCUGAAGUACGUCAUCAGGAAGGUCAGUUUGGGAAAGCUUUUGAAGAACUUAGAUCAACAACCUCAGUGAAUGAAUCCACAAAGACUAACUGGAGAAGAGACCUUUUCGAUAUUGGUAGCAAAGCAGGGUUUGUACUCAAAGAUUCCAGGAAUGAAAGUGGAGAUGUCAAGAAUAUUGUUGAAAGUGUCUCCCGUUUGCUAGAUAGGACAGAGUUAUUUGUUGCUGAACAUCAAGUAGGUGUAGAAUCCCGUGUGGAAGCAGCAACUAAACUACUAGAUAUCCAAAAAUCAGAAGAUGUUUUAGUUCUUGGGAUAUGGGGAAUGGGGGGCAUGGGUAAAACAACCAUUGCAAAAGCAAUAUAUAAUCAAAUUGGAAGCAAGUUUGAGGGAAAGAGCUUCCUUCUGAAUAUAAGGGAAAUUUGGGAGACAAACAAUCAAGUUUCUUUACAGCAACAAGUACUCGGUGAUAUUUACAAAACAAUGACAUUCAAGAUACGUGACAUCGAAUCUGGGAAAAUUAUCUUGAAGGAAAGACUUUCCCAAAAUAGGAUACUUUUUGUACUUGAUGAUGUGAAUGAAGUAGACCAACUAAAUGCUUUGUGUGGAAGUCGUGAAUGGUUUGGUCCGGGGAGUAGAAUAAUUAUCACAACAAGAGAUUUGCAUAUUCUUAAUUCGUGUAGAGUUGAUCAAGUGCAUAGAAUAGAAGAAAUGGACGGAAAUGAAUCUCUUGAGCUUUUUUGUUGGCAUGCAUUCAAGCAAUCAAGACCGACAAAAGAUUUUGCUAGACAUUCAACAGAUGUGAUUGCUUAUUCCGGGGGAUUGCCACUAGCACUUCAAGUCCUUGGGUCAUAUUUGUCUGACUGUGAAAUACCAGUGUGGCAGAAAGUUUUGGAAAAACUAAAAUGUAUUCCCCAUAAUCAAGUACAUAAGAAGCUAAAAGUAAGUUUUGAUGGUUUAAAAGAUAUCACAGAGAAACAAGCAUUCCUUGACAUAGCUUGUUUUUUUAUUGGAAUGGACCGAAAUGAUGUAACACAAAUAUUAAAUGGGUGUGGAUUUUUUGCUGAUAUUGGAAUUAAAGUUCUUAUUGAGCGAAGUCUUGUAACUGUUGACAAUAGGAACAAGCUUCAAAUGCAUGAUUUGUUGAGAGACAUGGGAAGACAAAUAAUUUAUGAGGAAUCACCAUUUGAUCUUGAGAAGCGCAGUAGGUUGUGGCGUCCUGAAGAAGUGUUUGAUAUACUAUCAAAGUAUACGGGAACAAAAGCUGUCAAGGGACUGGCUUUAGAGUUUCCAAAAACAAACAAAGUUUGUCUAGAUACCAAAGCAUUUAAGAAGAUGAAUAAACUCAGAUUACUUCAACUUGCUCGGAAAGGAAGUUUAGUUGCUAUGGAGUUAAAAUAUAGUAAUCUCAAAUAUUCAUGGAAUUGGAGCCAAAAGAUGUUAGAGAAUCUAAAAUUUCUUAAUCUUAGUCAUUCUCUGGAGUUGACUGAAACCCCAAACUUUGAUUACAUGCCUAAUUUGGAAAAGAUAGUACUAAAAGACUGUCCAAGUUUAUCUUCCGUCUCUUAUACCAUUGGAGAUCUCGAUAAACUUCUUCUUAUAAACUUGUCAAACUGCACAGGUCUUGGGACACUUCCGAGAAGCAUCUAUGGUUUAAAAUCUCUAGAAACCUUUAUUCUUUCUGGAUGUUCCUUGAUCGACAAAUUGGAGGAGGAUUUGGAAUGUAUGAAAUCCUUGACAACCUUAAUUGUGGAUAAGACUGCUAUAACAAAAGUGUCCUUUUCAAUAGUAAGAUCUAAAAGCAUUAAAUAUAUUUCUUUACCUGGCUUUGAAGGAUUUUCACGUGAUGUAUUUCCUUCUCUCAUUCGAUCUUGGAUGUCACCAUCAAAGAAUGUGAUAUCCCUCGUUCAAACAUUUGCGCCCAUGUCAUCUCUUGGUCUUUGUAUGAAAUGUGACUCAAAACCACAACUGUCUCAAGAUGUAGCAAGAAUUUUGGAUGCAUUGAAAGCCACAAAUUGUCAGAAACUGGAACCAAGUGCAACUUCAACUCCUUCUCGUUUGAUUAACGAUUACAUUGCUCAAGCUUCCACUUCAAAGUCUAAUAAUUUCUUGAAAUCUUUCUUGAUUCAAAUGGGAAUGAAACUCCAAUCCACCAAUAUUGCCCAAGACAACAUUUUACAGACUGCGGAUGGAAUUUGGGAUCCAAUUUUGCUCCCAUGUUACAAUAUAUCUGAUUGGUCAACCAUCAGUAGUAAAGGUUGUUCUAUAAUAUUUGAUGUCCCAACAAUGAAGGGGAGUAACCUGAAGAAUAUGACGUUGUUCCUUGUCUAUUACUCUUCCUCGGACAACAUAGCAUCAGAAGGUUGUCAAGGUGUGUUGAUCAUAAAUUACACAAAGACAACCAUUCAGGCAUAUACAAAAGAUGCACUUACCUCCUUUGAGGAUGAAGAUUGGAAGAGCAUAACAUCAAAUCUAGAAUCUGGUAACAAAGUAGAAAUUGUGGUUGUUUUGGGGGAUGGAUUCAUUGUUGAGAAGACUACAGUAUAUCUCUUAUAUGAUGAACCAAUCGACAAAGAAAUGGAACACUGCAAUGCAAUAGGCAAGGAGAGUGUUAUUGCUUUUAGUCAUGAGGAUAAGAAUGUUGGUGUUUCUGAUGGUGAUAAUAUUCAUGUCCCAAUGGACCACAUUAUUACUGGUUCAGAGCAAGAUGAAGCUUUAAGUGAUGAUAAGCAUGGGCAGGCAAUGAGUAGAAAAAGAAAGUCAGAUUAUUCUAAUGGGAUACACUACAAUGCCUAA